AUGGCCGAUAUUAAACCUCCGUUCACCGAUGAGACGGCCAGGAAGAAGGUCAAGGCUGCUCAGAAUAUGUGGAACACCCAGGAUCCCGCGCGAGUCGCGCAAGCCUACACUCCGGAUUGUAUCUGGCGUAACCGUACUUCCUUCCUCUCCGGUACAGACGCCAUUGUCGAGUUUCUCACCGCCAAGUGGAAGCGCGAGCGCAAUUAUCGCCUGCGCAAGGAGCUGUUCGCUUUUCGGGAUGACCGGAUCGCGGUGCAAUUCUGGUACGAGUACCAAGAUGCGGAAGAUGGAAUGCGAUGGAAGCGAUGCUAUGGCCUGGAGGAUUGGACCUUUGAUCGCGAGACGGGGAAGAUGUGCAAGCGUAUGAUGUGUGGCAAUGAUUUGCUACUUGGCCCGGACGGGAAUGGUGAGGGGCGCUGGUUUGUGGAUGGAGUCAAUGUAGACGAUGUCCCGAUUGGUCAAGAACACUGGUGA